AUGAAACUUAUGCGAAACCCUAGUAGCUUCGCUUCUCUUCUCAAACGAGUAUCAAAUCUUUCUCUAGAAACCCAUUUAACCAAACCCUCGAUUUCCGCAACUCAAAACCCUAGAUUUUUCUCCACACAGAGCACCGACCAAGUUCCAAUCGAGAAAUCGAAUGUGAGGAGGACUCGAAGUGGGAUUCGAAUCACUCCGACUAUUCGUAAAAUGGCCGAGGAAGCAAUGUUAGAUUACUUUUAUUCCACUAGGGGUUUACAGUAUAUGGUUGCAGAAGGUAUGAGCAAGAACAGUCCUGUUUUUAUUGAUAAUCUACUGAAGAAAGUUGAUUGUGUUUCUGCUUCUGAUAUUAACCAAUCGAUUACUAGACAUCUACGGUUUCACCCCGUUAAUGAGUUCGAGCCUUUUCUCGAGAGUUCGGGUCUGAAACCUACUGAGUUUAGUCAUUUGGUUCCUUGUGAUAAGCUGUUCUUGGAUGAUGAUGUUUUGUUGCUAGAGAAUCAUCAUGUUUUGUGUUAUUGUGGGAUUGAUCCCAAGAAGAUUGGGAAGGUGUACAAGGAAGCUAGGGAAGUUUUCGGGUAUGAAACCGGGGUUUUAGCUUCGAAGAUUAAGGCGUAUGAGGAUUUGGGGUUUAGUAGGUUGUUUUUGUCGAAGCUAAUCGUUUGUAGCCCGAGUAUCUUGAUUGGGGAUACGAAUGUUGGACUGGCUAAGGUCUUAGAGAUGCUGAAAUCGGUCGGGUUUGAGUUUGAUUGGGUGAUGAAGAAUCUGUCAGAUGAGGCAUGUUAUGAUUGGAGCUCUGUGCGUCGGGUUCUAAGCUUUCUUAGAGAAAUCUGUAUCGAUGAGGAUGAGCUAUGUGGUUUAAUCAAGAAGCAUCCAAGACUGGUUUUUGAGGAUUCAGGGAAAUGGACAUUAAUUCUAGCUGGAUUUGAAACAAAACUUGGGUCAUCUAGAAGUGAACUUUGUUCGAUGUUUCAGAAAUUACCGCAGACUCAGUUAGAGAAAUGUGUUUUGAAUCUAAGGAAAUGCUUCUUGUUCCUGAAAGAUAUUGAAAUGGAAGAUGAUGAGAUCCGUAAGGUUUUUCGUUCUCACUCAUGGUGGCUUGGUUCAUGUAGGUUGAAGAAAACCAGUAGCUUGCUCGUAAAUUUGAGGGCUUGGAAAAGCCGGGUUUGUGAGGUCAUCAGAGAAAAUCCAGAGGAGAUGAAAAAAUGGACAAUGGGGUUGAAAAUCCAGCCACUACCAGCUAUAGAUGUAGACACAGACUCGGAAAUGAUGAAGACUCAGUUUUUGUUAGACCUCGGAUACGAGGAAUACUCAAAGGAAAUGGAGAGAGCACUCAAGAGUUUCCGUGGCAGAAGAUCCGAACUCCGAGAGAGAUUUGAUGUCCUCGUGAGUUUGGGUUUAAAUGAGAAAGAUGUCAAAGAUAUGGUUAAAGCAUCUCCUAAUAUCCUCAGCCAGGCAAGUGAUGUACUAGAAUCAAAGGUUAACUACCUUGUAAACGAAUUAGGUUAUCCGCUUUCGGCAUUGGUUGCUUUUCCUUCGUGUUUAAAGUUCACUAUUCAGCGGAUGAAGCUUAGAUUCGAGAUGUUCUCUUGGCUUCAAGCUCGAGGAAAAGUAGCUACCACGCUUGCACUUAGUACUCUACUCUCGUGCUCGGACAAAUAUUUCAUCUCUUUCUAUGUAAAUCGCGAUCCCGAUGGGCUUAAACAGCUAGAGGAUUUGAAGAAGAAAACUGCUUUGAGUUGA